AUGAGAACUGUUAUCUCACACUACGAGAACCCAAGAAACGUGGGCUCUCUUCCGAAAGGUGACCUCGACGUAGGCACCGGUCUCGUAGGCGCACCUGCCUGCGGUGAUGUUAUGAAGUUGCAAAUUCGUGUAGACGAGAAUGGCAUCAUUAGCGAAGUCAAGUUCAAGACCUUCGGAUGCGGGAGUGCCAUCGCAUCUAGUUCGUACUUGACAGAGCGAGUGAAAGGUCUCAGUCUGGAAGACGCGGGAAAGGUUAAGAACACGGAGAUUGCUAAGGAGUUGUGCUUACCACCUGUCAAACUUCACUGCUCAAUGUUGGCAGAGGACGCUAUUCGUUCGGCAAUUCGGGACUAUCGGUCGAAACGCACUCAGGCGGCCGACUCCAAGCAGACUGGUUUCGUCGACGUCACAGCAAAAUUCCUCUCCUGGGGAAACGGCUCAUGCCUAGUCGUAGAUUACACCUUACUAGCUUGCAUCUUUUCGCGCGCACAUAGUUGA